GCGAACAUCUUCAGACGAAAUAUCGCCCAUACUGGCCAUGUUCCACGAUCUGAACGUUCCGUGGCCGGGUGCGGGUGCAGAUGCUGUCAGGGAAUUGCAGCGCACAGUGGCCUUCUUAGACGAAUUAGGAUACGACGUGGUUGCCCUUACACAUACUUAUAGCGGCAAGCUACCGAACGAACUGAGUUCACCAAUACCAAGUCCACUGCCGUUCCCACAUCGACUGCGAAUUUUGCGACGAUGCAACAUCUUCCUGACCGACAGCGCCUCGAAUUUCCGUAUUCCCCAGCUCCAACAGCACUAUGACCUCGUCGCUGCGAGACCAACCGACGAACGCACCCUGCAACAAGCGUGCCAAAGUCUCGAUGUCGACAUUAUCUCGCUGGACCUGACGCGCCGGUUCGAGAAGCACUUCAAGUUCCCAAUGCUAGGCGCAGCGAUCGCGCGCGGCAUCAAGAUCGAGCUGUGCUACAGCCAGGGCAUUCUCUCAAGCGACCCACAGGCGAAGCGCAAUCUGAUCAGCAACGCGACACAACUCAUUCGAGUCACCCGCGGCCGAGGCCUGAUCUUCAGCUCCGAAGCGAAGAGCGUGCUGGGCAUCCGCGCGCCCAGCGACGUUAUCAACCUGGCAUCUGUGUGGGGCUUGGGGUCUGAGAAGGGCAAGGAUGGGCUGACGAAAGAAGCGCGCAAUGUGGUCGAGCAUGCGCGGCUGAAGCGCGAGAGCUUCAAGGGUGUUAUCGAUUUCGUGUAUGGAGGCGAGAAGCCGGCAACCGUGUCGAAGGACAAGCAGGAUGGCAAGGGCAAGGCAAAGAAUCUGAACGGAAAGAGGCCCAGUGAGAGUCUGGAGGGUACACCUGCGCCUCAGACAGAGAAGCCUGCCUCAAAGCGCGAGCAGAAGCGCCUCAAGCAGGUUAAGCAGGGUGCAGGAGAAAAGGAGGCUGCGUGAGAUGGCGAAGACAGCAGAAAUGAGAUUCUGACAACAUUCACUGUCCAAGAUCGGUUACACGAUGCGGACCUUCCAGAAUAGGUAGUAGCCAGGACGCCCUCACUGCGUGCGAACCGCCGACGAGUCACCGAUGGCCUCUCAGCCUUAUAUUGGUGACCGUCAGCGGUUCGCAUGCAGUACGCUGGAUGAUUUCCAGUCUGUCUGGCUGGUAAAAGCAAGGAUGGCAAUCAGUGGCGAGACAUCACUGUUCUCUGCCAAUACCAUCCACUUCAAGAUAAUGAACAAACGAGUAAACACCUCAAAGAUACCCAAUAGACAAACAACGAAUCACUUCAAGGCAAAAUUUAUAUGCAUGUCCUCAA